AUGGUCACAGCUAGCGCAAACGGUAGAAAAGCGUUUCUCGUGGACACGCUCGCACUUGUGAGAAGGCUGGAGGCGGAAGGGUUGACGGCGAAGCAAUCCGAGGCUAUCACACAUCUUAUCACAGAAGUUCUCCAUGAGAGCCUCGACACAGCCGCGCACACUUUCGUCUCAAAGCCAGAAAUGCAAAAGUCAGAGAUGGUGGCGGAGGCAGCCAUGGCCAAGGUCAAGACGGAAAUUCAAAGCCUCCAGGAUUUGAAGUUUGCUGGAUUGACUCGGGAGGUUGAAGGGCUCAAGACGGAUUUGGACAAAGUAAAGAAUGAAAUACGAUACGAGGUGGAUAAGGUGACAGCAGGACAACGUCUUGAUCUGAACUUGGAAAGAGGGAGAAUCAAAGAAGAAAUCACAGCUCAAACUCAGGAGCUCAGCAGCUUGUCCAACAAGAUGGAUAGGGAGGUGAACACAUUGAAGGCAGAGUUAGAAGGCGCCAAGUUCGAAAUCAUCAGAUACUGCAUAGGCAAGUUGUUACAGAGAAUGGUUUCAGCAUCUCUUCUUACUGCUGCACUCCUGCCUGUCUUUCUCCAGGCAAACUGUUUAACACCAGCAUGUGAUCUGUGGGUGCAGGUACCCUAG